UUGCAUUUUCUUAACAGGCAUUACCUUGAGACAAGGAGCUCAAAUGAAAGAUUGGAAACUAAAGACAAGCGAGCUGUAUUCAGAGACCAUGAGGACGACAGCCUAGGUGCCUGUAAAGACAAGGAGAGAGACCGAGACCGGAAUGGAUCCAGAUGUCGGGAGAGAGACCGAGACUGGCACCAUUACAGCAAAUCCUCUGGCAACAGCAGGCGGAGCAGCCGGCACAGACACCGGCACCGGCACCAUCGCUCGCACCAUCACUCUGACUCGAGGAGCCAUCGCAGGAAAAGAUCCAGGAGUAUUGAGGAUGAUGAGGAGGGGCACCUGAUCUAUCACAGUGGAGACAUGCUGAGAGCAAGAUAUGAGAUUGUGUGCACACUUGGAGAGGGAGCCUUUGGUAAAGUGGUGGAGUGCAUUGAUCAUGAAAAGGGAGGAGCUCGUGUUGCGCUGAAGAUCAUUAAAAACAUUGAGCACUAUCGUGAUGCAGCUCUGUCUGAGGUUGAGGUGCUGGAGCAGAUUAACUCACUUGACUGUGACCGACGAUAUGCUUGUGUGCGGAUGUAUGACUGGUUUGAUCACCACGGGCACAUCUGCAUCGCCUUUGAGCUACUGGGCUUGAGCACGUAUGAUUUUCUGAAGGAAAAUAGCUUUCAGCCCUUCUCUGUCAACCACAUCAGGCACAUGGCCUACCAGAUCAUCAGAGCAGUCAGAUUUCUUCACAAGAAUAAGCUGACACACACUGACCUGAAACCAGAGAACAUCCUCUUUAUUAGUUCAGAGUAUGACAUCAAGUACAAUCCAAAAAUGAAGAGGGACGAGAGAACUUUGAAGAAUCCUGAUGUGAAAGUAGUUGAUUUUGGGAAUGCAACAUAUGAGCAUGAGCAUCACACCUCAGUGGUGUCCACACGACAUUACCGAGCUCCAGAGGUUAUUCUGGAUCUAGGCUGGAGUCAUUCCUGUGAUGUGUGGAGUGUGGGAUGCAUUCUUAUUGAGUAUUAUCUGGGAUCGACUCUAUUUCAGACUCAUGACAGCAAAGAGCAUCUGGCCAUGAUGGAGCGAGUGCUGGGCCCUAUACCGACACACAUGCUGCAGAAAACAAGGAAGAAGAGAUAUGUUUGCCAUGAUAAGCUGGACUGGGACGUUCACAGCUCCUCGGGACGUUAUGUUAGGAAGCAGUGCAAGCCACUGAGAAGGCUGAAUGAAGCGAUGCCGAAGUUGCGUGUGGUGAGAGACGUGACACAAGACUGCAACUGUCCUCCAGGUCCUCCUGGGAAACGUGGACGGAUGGGCAGAAGAGGAGACCCUGGACCCCCAGGCAAACCUGGGCGAGACGGUUACCCGGGUCCACUUGGUCUGGAUGGCAAACCUGGUAACCCUGGACCUAAAGGAAGCCAGGGGUUGCCAGGACCAAAAGGAGAUAAGGGUGAUCAAGGAGACACAGGGCCAAGGGGUCAUGGCACUCAUGCAGGGCUGCAUAGUAAUCAGAUUCUCAUUAAGGGUGAUCAAGGACAAGCUGGCCCACCUGGACCUCCAGGCCCUCCUGGAGCACCCGGUGCAAGAGGACCUCCAGGAAACACAGGGAAAGAUGGUCCACGCGGCCCACCUGGAGAACCAGGUGCUCCUGGACGAGAAGGAAUGGAGGGACAAAGAGGUUUACCAGGAAAACCAGGUGAAGUUGGUGAUCAGGGUUACCCAGGACCACAGGGACCCCCAGGGUCAAAGGGUGAGCAGGGAGAGCCAGGUCCUCAGGGUGACCGAGGAACCGAUGGUCUGCCAGGCUUAAAGGGAGAUAAAGGAGAUGUUGGAGAACAAGGGCCCCAGGGCGAACCGGUGAGGAACGAUGCAUCAUACGUUUAUUAA